ACUUCUGCUUUAUGUGCCUUGUAACUUGAAAAAAUUGCUUCUAUUAAAGUGAAAACCUAAACAAUUUUUAUACGUAGGUUUAAAGAAAAAACAUUAACACGUCCAAUACUCUCCUCUUGAUUGUCUAGCAUAAGUUCAACAUUUUGCUUCUGAAUUUAAAUUGUGCGUCAAUAUGGAUUCUUUAGAAACUGGUGACCAACUUAUAAUAGUUAAUCGAUCCACGGAGCAUCGUAUAAGUAAAAAACUAAUCUGUAAAAUACUUUAUUUUGAAAAGAUGCUGAACCUUGAUUUAAAGGAAUCAAAGGAAAACAAAGUCGUAUUGGAUUUCGAUGAAAAGGCUUUUAAAUCAAUCUUCAAUUGGAUUAAACUCGGAUUUAUCUUCAUCGAGAUGGAUUGUGUAAUAAAUAUGAGUAUCAUGGCUGACUAUUUCGGGAUAAGUGAUCGUUUGAUGAAUAAUUUCAUCUCAUAUUUUCAUGAAAAUUUUUCAAUUGAGCAUCUUCCCGUUAUUAUACCUCAAGUUACUUCAACAUCUAAGUUGAUCAACUCUGGUGCUCUCUAUGCUUUUAUUUGCCGCUAUUUUUUAAAAAUCGUGAACACGCCUGUUUGGUUGAAUUAUCCUCCUGAAACAAUUGGACGUAUUUGUGGUUUGGAUUUGAUGAUCCAUUCAGAAUACCAAGUUUUCGAUGCGAUCAUGAGAUGGGUCAAAGCAAAGGCGGAUUAUAGAAAGCAUUUUCUAAAAAUAUUGCUAAGCUUGAUUCGAUGGUGCCAUUUGGAAGAUGAAGAUUUGGCUAAAAUAAAGGAAAAUAGCUUCUUUAAAUUUUCAAACUUUGAAAUCGAAUUAUGCUCUCGUAACAAACCUAAUUGUAAUUGCGGUAUCGACCGAACUAAACAAGGUUGUUUUGUCGUUAUUGAAGAAUUGAGUGACAAAAAAUUGCAAGUCAAAGUACUUGACGGUAACUUCUUCCCAUUGGUUAAUCAAUUAAUUCAAAAUGAUCCAUCACUGCCUUUGCACCUUCCCCAUGAGGAACAUGUCUCUGAUAUAUUCUUUGAUUCUGGAAAAGAAAUUAUUCGUAUCGAUUGGAAGCACAAUAAAUAUCGUUAUAUGGAUUAUAAAUCGCAUUAUCAAAAAGUUCAUAAUUGUAUUUAUAAAAGUUCUAGACGUGGGGAAUAUUAUGCUGUAACCACCAAACCAGAACUUGAAUUAUUUUGUCGAGACGUGAACUUCGUAUGUCCUCAACUUUCACUUCUCGAAGCUAACGAAAAAUUCAUUCUUGUUCUUGAUGAUUUUUGGAGGUUCAGGUGUUGGGAGACUCCAUCUAUGGCAAAUUUUAAUGACUCUAAAUACAAUGUAGAUUCAUACCUGGCAACUGUUUUGGAUAACUAUAUUUACAUAGUGACAGAAAAAGGUAAAUUCAUUGAGAUUAAUAUUGAAUGUAAGAUCGCGUUAAAAAUUGAAUUUCAAAGGCUUCAAAAUAAAUUCAAGUUUAGUAAUUUAUUUCUAACAUCCAAGCAAAUGAAUGAUGAUAGAGUUAUUUUUGUUGAUAAGACCACCAACGAUGUUGUCUGUUUUAAUGUUAGCACUCGAGAAUGGAAAUCAAUCGGUAGAAUCAUUGAUUGUGAAAGCAAAUCUGCGGAUGGUCGAGAGGAAUAUAAAACUCUCAAAACUUUUACCUUUGGAUUUGUAUCAACGGACUCAAUCAACCUUUGUUUGGAACGUGAUCUCAAUGAAAUGCCGCUAAUAUGAUACAAUUAUUCAUUGACUGAGUUGGUAUUUUUGGUAACUCAUCUUUCUGAUAAUUUGAUACAAGCGUUCUUUUAUUGCUUUGAUAUGCAUAGAAAUGGAUCGAUCAUGCAUAAGAGCUGAUUUUUUUCUACAGUUUUGAUUGUUUUAUUAAAGAAAUUUUUUCAUGAUGAAUGCAGCUUCAAUUGAUGUU